AUGGCAUUUCACCUCUCUACCCACGGGUCCUCCCUAGCAGACCUGCCGAAAUCCAACGUAUUUACAUCCAAAUUGCCUGCAGAUCCGGCCUUUGAGACCCCAGAAUCCUCACACAAUGCGCCCCGGGAAACAUUAGGACCUCGUAUGGUGAAAGGCGCUUUGUUCACCUAUGUCCGCCCGGAACCCACCGAGGGGCCAGAACUCCUGGGCGUGAGUCCCAAGGCAAUGGAGGAUCUAGGAUUAAAGACCGGUGAGGAGAAGACUGCACAGUUUCAGGCGUUGGUUGCGGGUAAUGAAAUCUGGUGGGAUGAGGAAAAGGGGGGCAUCUAUCCAUGGGCCCAAUGCUACGGCGGUUGGCAAUUUGGUUCCUGGGCUGGUCAGCUUGGAGAUGGACGGGCCAUCAGUCUUUUUGAAUGUACCAAUCCACAGUCAGGUACUCGAUAUGAAUUGCAGCUGAAAGGCGCGGGGAAGACGCCGUAUUCACGGUUUGCCGAUGGAAAGGCAGUUCUUCGAUCGAGUAUUCGUGAAUAUAUCGUCUCAGAAGCUCUCAAUGCCCUUGGCGUUCCUACCACCCGUGCUCUGUCUCUGACUCUGCUACCCAAGUCAAAGGUUCUGCGGGAGCGCCAAGAGCCCGGUGCGAUUGUGGCUCGGUUUGCCGAAUCUUGGCUACGCAUAGGAACCUUUGAUAUUCUAAGGGCUCGUGGCGAUCGCGACUUGAUCCGAAAACUUGCCACCUACGUCGCAGAGGAUGUCUUUGGCGGAUGGGAUAAUCUUCCCGCGAUCGUAUCCGUACGAGAAGGCCAGUCGGCCUCAGAAAUCGAUAAUCCUCGACGACAGGUACCCCGGGAUGUAGUGCAGGAGCAUCAGGGGUCCGAGGAGAACCGGUUUGCUCGCCUCUAUCGCGAAAUCACUCGACGCAACGCAAAGACCGUUGCCGCGUGGCAGGCUUAUGGGUUUAUGAACGGUGUGCUCAACACUGAUAACACCUCCAUUUACGGCCUGUCCCUUGAUUAUGGUCCCUUUGCAUUCAUGGAUAACUUUGACCCUCAGUACACCCCCAAUCAUGACGAUGCCAUGUUAAGGUACUCUUACAAAAACCAACCUAGCAUCAUCUGGUGGAACUUGGUUCGACUGGGUGAAUCCCUAGGGGAACUGCUGGGUGCCGGGAAGAAAGUGGAUGACGAGAGUUUUGUCAAAGACGGCGUCACCGAGGAGAUGGAACCGGAGCUUAUCAAGCGUGCGGAAACCAUCAUCGACCGUACUGGCGAGGAGUUCAAGGCAGUCUUUUUGAACGAGUACAAGCGCCUCAUGGCUCAGAGACUUGGACUGCAGACACAACAAGAAUCCGACUUUCAAACCCUCUUCUCCGAGAUGCUCGAUACACUAGAAGCCCUGGAGCUGGAUUUCAAUCACUUUUUCCGCCGUCUCUCGGGGCUGAGUCUCUCCGAACUGGAGACCGAAGACCAGCGGACCGAAGCCGCAGCCCUCUUCUUCCAUGCAGAAGGCUUCGGAGGCAUUGGUUAUACUGAUGCAUCGGCCAAAGAUCGUAUUGCCAAAUGGCUAGACAAUUGGCGAGCCCGCGUGCUCGAGGACUGGGGAGAUCAAGAUGCUGAACGACAAAAGGCCAUGAAGGCAGUCAAUCCAAAGUUCAUCCCGCGGGGAUGGAUUUUGGAUGAAAUUAUUGAGCGUGUGGAGCGCAAGGGAGACCGAGAGAUACUAGGACGGGUCAUGCAGAUGAGUCUGAACCCAUUCAAUGAUGAGUGGGGUCUUCUAAAGGAGGAAGAGGAGCGCUUCUGUGGCGAUGUGCCCAAAUACAAGAGGGCAAUGAUGUGUAGUUGUAGUUCAUGA